CUUACAUAAAUUUAGCUGAUAUUCUGUAGAUUCUGUGAUACUUCAUCAGAAUUCUACGAUGGGAUCAACAGCAGUGGAACAAGAAAAUAGAUUAGCUCCUACAAUGGAGCUAUCCGAGGACGAAAGGAAAUUUCGCUAUCGAGCGGGAGCAUUUUUAGCAACAGUCGGUGCAACGUCGGCGAUUGCCGGAUUCAGUAAAGCAAUCAUGUCCGCGAAAAAAUCUGAUCCUAAAUACUUCGACAAAGGACUUCACGGAAGCAUAGCCCUGCACGAAGCCGGUACCAGCUUGGCACUGCGGGCACUCGGCUGGGGCACACUGUACGCCAUACUCGGCACGGGAACGAUCUGUUUCGGCAUUUGGAAGCUGAGCGGUGCAAAGGACAUGAAGGAAUUUCGUGAAUCAGUGGGUAGAGUGUUCCCAAGAGUGCCGAAGAAUGAUCCACCAAAAAGUCGUACGGAGUUCGAAGGGCUUACCGAUCUCAUGCAGUACCUAUCGACUUGGGGAAAGGAUGAAAAAUAGUUUUUACUGGGUUACUAGUCACUUAUAACAUGGUUCAGCGAGAAAAGCAACGAUCGAAAGGUGCUGCCAUAAACCUGUAAAUACAACACAAUGCAGUUGUUUUAUUCCUAAAAA